UUGCCUUCAACUUCAAGUGCAACCCAAAAAUAAAAAAUACUAUUAGUUCCCUUCAUUUUAGUUCUUUCUGCUUUCACACAUAUAUGAGAGAAGGACCAACAGCUGCAGCAACGGCAAGAAGUAGCAGUUCGUCGAGGGAGAGUAUAUGUGAUGGAGAAUCAGGAUCUUUCCCCACCCCACGCGGAUGCAUCUCGACCGUCCCUUGGGUUCCCUCUUGGCACAGCGCUCCUCUUAAUCAUCAUUUUCAGCUUGAGUGGCAUCUUCUCCUGCUGCUACCACUGGGACAAGCUCAGAUCACUCCGUCGAUCCUUCGCCGAUGGCACGGAUCCCGAUGCAGAUAUCGAAGCAUCGCCCUCGAAACCUAAGCCUGAGUACAUGGAUUUAAGGAAAAACCAAAGCCAAAGUUUUUCUGUCUUAAUGCCAGGAGAUCAGAUCCCAAAGUUCAUAGCAUUGCCAUGUCCAUGUGAACCUCCACGCCCAGACAAGGAUGAAGUGAAAGUGCAAAAGCCGCCCAAGCCGCCGCGUUUUCCUGCACCAUUUUAUUAGCAAAUUGACAAUUUGUUGUACAUAUUGGACCAUUUAAUUUUCUUUUUCACUCUGAGUUUUUGGAGGAAAAAAAAAAAGGUGGUUGGGUGUGAAAUUUACGAUCUUUGGAUUCCAGGUAGAACAUGGUCAAUUUGAUAGAAAAGCAAGGAUAUGGGCUCGUGUAAGUAGGAAACAGAAAAUAUCUAUUCUAGUUCUAUCAUCAGCUAUGGGUUCGAAUCUAAGAGAAAUUCUAGAGAAUGUUUGCUACCCUGAAAUUUUCUUGUCUUUCCUGACCGAUAAGGAAAAAAAAAAAAUUGGGUCAAAA